AUGGAUGAACCUCAGAAAACUCAUAUUGACUCAAAGAAGAGUGCAUCACAGAGAACACACAGUGAGAAUGACUUCCUUCCUGGCAGAGUAACUGAGAGUCACUACAUGGUCAUCGUGGCAGCUCUGCUCCCUCCACGCCUAUGCCCGAUCACCCACAGGCUGGACCUCUGGGGAUCCUACCCUUUGCAUCUGGACCAUGAGGACCCAGGACCCAGAAGGCAGGACAGUUUCUCUUCCACAUGUCGCCACAGCGGGAUGCAGGCACUGCCAUCAACGCCUGUCACUUGGAUUGAGCAAGAACAGCCUCUCCCCACCCUGGACCAUUUCCCCAAUAGUCAGACCAGACCAAAGAGGCAAACUCUAGUGUCUUUGGGAACUGACUCUGUCUCCUGCAAUGCAGCUUCUCCCUGGCUUUGGCCUCCACUUUGCUUAUCAUUUCCCCGGAACCUGAUUAUAGGACCUGACUGCUGUACAGGCAACAGCGAGUUUCUAGCAGAGGUUCCAGAUGCCUAUUCCAGCCAGGACAGCGGUGCCUCCUUAGGAUGUGGGGGAGCUGGAGCAGAGCUGAACUCUGCCCAGGAGAGCUUCUGCAAUGCUCAGAAAAUGCCUGCCCAACUGCUUGCCUGGGCUCUGGCCCCUUUGGCUGCAACUGAGCCCAGACAGGAGGCUGACUCACUCACCGCACGCAUAGAGGAGGAGGAACAAGAGGAGAAGGAGGAGGAGGAGGAGGAGGAGGAACUGUGA